AUGGCCAAUGACAGCGGCGGGCCCGGCGGGCUGAGCCAGAGCGAGCGCGACCGGCAGUACUGCGAGCUGUGCGGGAAGAUGGAGAACCUGCUGCGCUGCAGCCGCUGCCGCAGCUCCUUCUACUGCAGCAAGGAGCACCAGCGCCAGGACUGGAAGAAGCACAAGCUGGUGUGCCAGAGCGGCGAGGCCGCCCCGGGCCCCGGCCCCGGCCCCGCGGCGGCGGCGGCGGCCCCGGCCCCGGCCCCGCUCCCGCCGCCCGGCCCCGCGCCGGCCCCCGCCGCGCCGCCGCCGAAGGCCGCUGGGGCCCGGCGGGCCAGGAAGGCGGCGCCGCGCAGGAACAGCGCCGCCGGGGACGCGGCCAAGGCGAAGGCCCAGCCCGCGGCGGCGGCGCCCGGCGGCCAGGGCCAGGGCCAGGGCCAGGCGGCGGCCGAGGCCGAGGCCGCGGAGUCCGCCGCGGAGGAGCCGCUGGUCCGCGCCAAGUCGCUGCUGCGGGAGAAGGCGAACCUGUACCCGCCGGGCAGCGCGCCGGGCGGCCUGCGGCCCAACGGGCAGACCAAGCCGCUGCCCGCGCUCAAGCUGGCGCUGGCGCUCGAGUACAUCGUGCCCUGCAUGAACAAGCACGGCAUCUGCGUGGUGGACGACUUCCUGGGCCAGGAGACGGGCCUGCAGAUCGGCGAGGAGGUGCGCGCCCUGCACGACACGGGCCGGUUCACGGACGGCCAGCUGGUGAGCCAGAAGAGCGACUCGUCCAAGGACAUCCGGGGCGACCAGAUCACCUGGAUCGAGGGCAAGGAGCCCGGCUGCGAGACCAUCGGGCUGCUCAUGAGCCGCAUGGACGACCUGAUCCGCCACUGUAACGGCAAGCUGGGCAACUACAAGAUCAAUGGGCGGACGAAAGCCAUGGUUGCUUGUUACCCAGGCAAUGGAACAGGAUAUGUACGUCACGUUGAUAAUCCAAAUGGAGACGGAAGAUGUGUGACAUGUAUAUAUUAUCUUAAUAAAGACUGGGAUGCCAAGGUAAGUGGAGGUAUACUGCGAAUUUUCCCAGAAGGCAAAGCCCAGUUUGCUGACAUUGAACCCAAAUUUGAUAGACUGCUGUUUUUCUGGUCUGACCGCCGAAACCCUCAUGAAGUACAGCCAGCAUAUGCUACCAGGUACGCAAUAACUGUUUGGUAUUUUGAUGCAGAUGAGAGAGCCCGAGCUAAAGUAAAAUAUCAAACAGGUGAAAAAGGUGUGAGGGUGGAACUAAAUAAACCUUCUGAUUCCAUCAGUAAAGACGUCUUAUAG